GCUCACCUUUGAGCAUAUUGUUGAAGGGAAAACAACCUGGCUGCUUGUUAAUCAGCCAAAUCAAAUCCUCUACUGCUCAGGAAUGUCUUUUCACAUCUUUAAGAUUUUCGUACUUCUCCUUUUUGUAUCAGUGAUCUCUAUUACUUGUUUUUUAACAUGGGGACAAACAUCCAACAGCCACAGCUGGACAAGUUUCAUGAAGAAACAUAGAGGAAACAGAAGUUCACUUGAAAAUCAAUUUACAGUUUUGGACAAAGGUGAAAAUGCCACCCUGGUGACAGAGCUGAAACCUAAACCUGAAACUCCGAUGCCCUUACUCUACAAAAAAAUGUUUGAGAAGGCUCCUGUGUGGGAUUUUGAUGAUGUUUAUAACCAGGAUGUCCCCCCUCGACCCGCAACGUGUGCCCAGUCACUGAGAAACUCAAAGGAUGAAUUCUUCAUGAAGGCUUUUCUUCCCAACGUCCGUUUAUUUCUACACAAAGACAGCAUCAACAUGAGCGAGUGGAACCGGCUUUCACAUUUUAACAGUCCCUUUGGUUUUAUGGAGUAUAAAUACGAGGAUGUGAUCCCUGUCCUGAAACUGAUUCCAAAGCCCAAAGAGCCACUGCUUUCCCCCAAACCAGGGAGCAAUGGCUGUGUGCGCUGUGCAGUGGUGGGGACUGGAGGAAUCCUCAACGGCUCCAAAAUGGGGGCAGAGAUUGACGCUCAUGAUUACGUCUUUCGGAUGAAUGGCGCCAUCACAGAGGGUUAUGAGGAAGACAUCGGCAAGAGAACCUCGGUGUACGUCCACUCGGCACACUCAAUCGUCAAAUCACCUGUUUUGUUCAAGGAAUACGGAUACAAAUCUGCUCCUCAUGAUAAGGGUAUAAAGUAUGUGAUGAUGCCGGAGAGGCUGAAGGAUAUCCAGUGGCUGGAGGGUCUUCUCAAAGGGAAGAGAGUUGCUGCUGGACCGUUCCGCAAAAAGACCCCAAGGCUUUACUAUUCGGGGCAGUACAAAAAGACUCGGUUCUACGUUCUGCAUCCGGACUUCCUGCGGUACAUCAGGAACAGGUUUCUGAGUUCACCGGAGCUGAAAACCGAACGCUGGCCCUCGAUCCGACCCACUAAUGGAGCCUUCACCAUCUUCCUGGCUUUGCACACCUGUGACACAGUGGAUGCAUACGGAUUCUUGACUAAUGACUUUGAGAAAUACUCCACCUACUAUUUCCAGAGGGACACCAAGAUAAACUUCUUUUUCCACCCCAACCAUGAUUUCUUGCUGGAGAGGGAUUUGUGGAUUGACCUUCACAACAUGAAGAUAAUCAGGCUGUAUCAAAGGAAUGAUACAGAAAAAGUGGAGCAGCGCUGAAACUCACAGUGUCUCUGAGGACGUCACGCACAUAAGUAGGGGAGAGCCGCCAUGGAAGUAACAUUUUGCACGUUUCACUCUUUUGCUCAAAGAUCCUUUUAUCUGCACACGUAACAUUUUCAGGCAACGGAUCUGCAAAUGUCUGCUAUAAUAAACCACUUCAAGUUUUCUAUUGAUGAAACGGUUCGGGAGUUAUUAAACCGAACGUGGAAACGUU